CAGAACCUAUGACAACUAUUCUUGUCAUGUUUUCUGAUUUCAAGCAGCAAAAUUUUCUUGUUUACAAGGCCAGGGAGCAUGUUUCUCAAUGAUAUCAUUUGAUGAUGGCAAAGAUAAUAAUGGCAUCGAGGCUGAUUUUGUUGGAGGGAAGAAAGAUUUGGAGCCACAAGGUGUAGACCCCAUUAAGAGUUGGAACUUCAGAGUAGUGCAUAAGGCAAUUAUUUGUGGCAAAAUUGGCCACGCUCCGAUACAGAAGAUAUUAAGAAACGGUAAGAUAGCGACCAUAUUUACUGUUGGAACAGGUGGUAUGUAUGAUCAAAGAAUUAGUGGAAAUGAGCAUUUGCCCAGACCAACUCAGUGGCACCGAAUUGCUGUUCAUAAUGAAAACCUUGGGGCCUUUUCCAUUCAACAGUUAGCAAAGAACUCUUCUGUCUUGGUUGAGGGAGAUAUUGAAACUAGAGUAUACAAUGACGGUAUCACUGGCCAGGUGAAAAAUAUACCGGAAAUCUGUGUGCGUCAUGAUGGUAUGUAG